ACGAUCCUCACUCUUAGAUCCUAGAAGCGUCCCAAACAUUUGAGACAUUCUCUCCUUUGAAGAAGAAUAUCCUGCUUGAGAAUGAGUCUCAGGAGCAUUCACACACACUCGCACUUGUUCGAAAGGUAUUUAAGUAGGGUCGUUUCCGGCACUAACAUGCAACCAGAAAUGCAUGACCAAACCCUUCAGUCGCAUCCAUGGCCACCACCAGAAGAAAAUUCUGACCAAAGUUCAAUGCAUCUAAAUGCAAGAGAGCAACCACGUUAUCCUCAAACACACCACAGUGCUAGUUCAUACAGCCACCCUGUUCCUCAUGGCUCGGGCGGUGCAAUCUCGACUCCAAUUCGCAGGAAUUAUUGGACACAAUACGACCUAGGUUCCAACGGUAUGACUGCUCCGCUGGCCCCAGCAUUCACUUCUACUGCAUCGCCUGCACAUAACCCUCACAUCCGGUAUGUUGAUUAUGGCUAUAUGCAACACCCUCAUCACGACAGGUUGAACAACCAUCCCUUAGCGGGGUUGUCGGCGUUUGAGCCUGUCUCAAGUGCGAGCUCUGCUACGCUACCAAUUUCGCCAAAGCCAAUUCCUAAAUCAGAGCCGACCACGCACAAUCUUCCUGACAACCAAGCCAAUCUCGAGAAGAUGAGACACGAACGUGAGUUGAUGUUUCGAAACGCGGCCGCAGAGCUGGACCAAGCUAGGUAUAACACAUCUACGUCUGUCUCAAGAAAUAGAGCAUGGGAGGAUGCGUGGGAGGUUAUGCGUGAAAGCAUGACGAAGAUGUGACGAGAUUGAGCGAGCAGGCCUUUAGCCACCACAUUGUCAGCUCAUAAUAUUCCUGAUACGCAUUCACAUCAUGAUCCUCUGCUCGCAUCUAAGAUGACGUAAGCGACAUUGAAUUGCUUUCUAUACAAAAGCUUUAAUAAAUGCUGACACGAACUCUUG